UUUGUGUUAUUUUACAGUUUAUAGUCGGAGAAUUACAAGUUACAGCUUCAGCUCAAACAGCACGGCUGGCUGGAGGAUUACUGCGGCUCCGAGCGGCUGCAUUAGCAUUAGCAUUAGCUCGCCCCCGCGGUGUCCCCGUCCACCGGCCCUGUCCGUCCCCGCGGUGUCCCCGUCACUGUGUCCGCUGUCGCUCUGCACCGAUACGAGAAAAGAAAAGCUGGAAAUCAGGAGAAACAGAAAGCGAGGCUCAGAGCCGGACACUCCCCACACGCCAUCUCGCUCCGCGCGUGCGCAGAAAGAGAGCGCACUGGAAGGGUGACGUCAUAACGGUGCGCGUGAGGACGUGGUGACGUAACAGUGGGCGUGACGCGUCCGAGUCGAACCUUCACGCCCCGGUGCCGGUGAAUCAGUGAGCAGCAGCUGGACGCUGAAGAUGAGCAAGAAGAGCAAGCAGCCGACAGCUUCAGCAGCAGAGCGCUCCUUUGAAUUCCACAAUGGCCUUCGAAGAGAAGAGUUUAAAACUUUUGAUGAUGAAGCAAAGAAGCUUGGACUCAACACCCAAGAGCUUGAGAAAGUGCGAGAUAAGCUGCGAGCGGAGCAACGGAGACACUUCGCUGCGCUGCACAAGAAGGGAAAGGUGCAGGAGAAGGAGCUCAGGCAGAAAGAACUGGAAGACGAAGGACAAAUAGAAAAGGCUGUACGACAGAUUGUUGAGCUCGAGCAAAUCCAGAAGGAAGAGCUGGUAGAGAUGGACAAGAAAAUGACGAGUGUAAAAACCCGGCUUGGGGAGAUGGAGAGGGAGGAAGAAACCUGGCAGCGCUAUGAGAACGUGGGGAGUGUUGAGGAUCAACAGAAGAUCCAAAGCCUCCAGGGAGAACUCGACUCGAUGCAGAAAAACAAUCAGGCGAUGGCUGAAAAUAUCGAGUGUGUUCAGAGAGCAUCCAUCUGUAAGACUGAGAAGUCAGACUCGGAGCUGAUGGAAAGGGAGGAGCUGCUUGUUUUUGAGAGGGCUUUAAAACAAGCUGACAAAAACAGUGUUCAGAAGAUUUUAAAAAACGACAGGCUGAAGAAACAGUUUGCUAUCUAUCAUGAGGAGGUCUCAAUCCUGGAUGCAGAUGGAAGGAACUUGAAAAAGGAAAACAUGGAGCUCACCAAGCAGCUGUAUGAGCACCAACUCGGUGAUGUACGACUCUCUCACGACACGUCCCUGACACCGGAGGAAGAGCCUGGGGAUGCCCAGGACAUGCCCCUUCAUCCUCUGCCAUGUGAUCCUGGGGAUUUGGACAUGGUAACAGACCGAGGUACGAUCCAGAAACACGAUGGAGUUCUCACGACAAAAAUGAUUUGCAGCAGCUUACAGCAGUUAAUGAAGAAGCAGCUGGACAUGGAAGACAUGAGCAGUGCAUUCCUGCAGAACGUGUUCCAGCUCCAGGCUUCUCCGACACUCAGCAAGGAACCACAGGAGAUGGCACAGCUGGAGGCCUGUUUGGAUUCCGAGUGAGCAUCAGAACCAGGAGGAGGCCAAGCAGGAGAGGAACAGCAGCUAGUGCUUGGACAAACCCGCUGAGAACGAGUGCUCGCACCUGAGGUAAAGGAGCAGUGUAAAACUAACUGGACUUUUCCUCUUUCACACUGAUCAACACCCUGAAGUGUGAACUGUGUUUGUGUUUCUUUUAUUAAAUCCAAAUCUUGUU